UCAUUAGCGAAUUUGUUUGUAUAUUUGUGUAUAUGUAGAUAUAUACACAACGAUUGAUUAAUUUAAUAGAACGGGAAGGCGAACGCGCGUUCGCGCGUUUUUGACGAACAUCGAGAGGAACCUGAUGAAGUGUCGCGUGUGAAGGAAAAAAAAUUGAAAAGAAGAUAAUAAAAGAAAGAGAAAUAGAUAAAAUAAAAUAAAAUAAAAGGAAUAAAUAAAUUUAGAUAUGUCGAGGGAUUACGUUUGGUGCGAGGAUACAAAUAUGAAGAGAUUUAUGGCGAGCUGACCGAUCUACGGGAUUAAUCGAAUUAGUUUUGGAUUAAACUUGGGUUAAAAAAGACGAAACAACAAGCAGAAUAAAAAGCAAGGAAGGAAAACGAAUCAAUUAAUCGAAUAAUAAAGUGCAACAAAUUGGGAAAGAAGAAGGAAAAAAGUGGCCGUGUCGUUAAGUGGAGGUGAAUUGAGUGAGAAUAAUUAACAAAUAAAAAAAGGAAACAAUUAAAAAAAAAAAACGGGGUUUAGAAAUAAAGGAAUUAAAAAAUAAAAUUAAUAGCAAGUUAAAGAUCUCGUUGAAAGAUUGAAAACUAUCCAAUGUCAUUGGCUGUGGAAGAAGAUAAAAUCGAACUAAUCCAAGAUUCGGGCCCCGUACGGGUGUCGCGGUAGGGCGGCGGCGGCGACGACGUCGUCCGCGACAAAUUUAUCAACGCUCGAGGCCGCUCUCGAGCUCGGCUCGAAGGUGGAGAGGCCAAGCAGCACGACGACGCUCAAUUUCACGGACCUGGGGAGCCCAUUCGGGGCGGGCGACCCCUGUCCGUCAAGUACCCCGACCCCGAACAGUAUGUCGGGUGGUGCCGGUGGUGGACCGUCGGGUGGCGGUCAAGCCGGUGGUGGAAACGGUGGUGGAAACGGUGGAUCCGACAUGGACCAACACCUUCAUCAUGGUGGACUUGGUUCGGUGACACCAGGACCACCUGGUGGUGGUAAUAAUGCUGGAGAUAGUACAACAUCUAGUACACCAGUAUCUCAAACUGGUAAAUCGGCAUUCAUCGAACUUCAACACAAUAACCUUUACAACCCGGCAAGUUUACGGGGUGGAUACCCAUCUGGACAUAACGUACCUGGUGCACAUCAAUUCUCUCAUCAGGUCAGCGCCCUCGGACACCAAUCCUCUGGUCCCGGUAGUGGGAAUCAACAACAUGCUGAGCCUGGAUUCCCAAGUCCUAGGUCAGCGCUUGCUGGAUAUCCCUUUGGACCUAUGCAUCAACAUAAUACAUAUGGAUAUCAUCUUACAUCUUACGCGCCUCAAUGUCCCUCGCCGCCCAAGGACGGUGAGUACCCUAACUGGUGGUGCAUGUUCGCAGACCUCUCGCCAUUGGGCGACAAGGGUGGAAGUCUGGUAGAUGAACUUGGAGGUGGUGGUGGUGGUUCACUGAGGAAUGGCAAGGGUAAAAAGAUGAGAAAGCCGAGGACCAUCUAUAGCAGUCUGCAACUUCAGCAGCUGAAUAGGAGGUUCCAAAGAACACAGUACCUGGCAUUACCAGAAAGAGCAGAACUUGCAGCAAGCCUGGGACUAACUCAAACGCAAGUAAAAAUAUGGUUCCAAAACAGGAGGAGCAAAUAUAAGAAGAUGAUGAAAGCAGCACAACAAGGUGGCGGUGGGGGUGGUGGACAACACGGUAGUUUGUUAGCAGGUGGUACUGCCCUACCUGGUGGCCCUUCACCUCAACCUGGUCAACCUGGAAGUCUCAUGCAAGGAGAUUGGCCGGUUAUGUUAACAGGCGGUGGAAGUUCUGUUUCGGGUAGUCCGACGACAGGGUACCUAGGAGGAAUGGGGGGUGGUGGUGGUGGUCACACCCCCGGAAGUUCGAGUCCCGGUAGCGAGAUGUCGCCUCAGCAUAAUGAAAGUCCCCCUGCACCCGCUUGGCCGGGUGAGAUGAAACACCAUCCUCAUCCCCAUGCCCCACCACAUACUCACCAUCAUCCACACACGCCUGGACAUCAUCCACCUCCACCACCACCACCUCCACAUCACGGGGGUUACAUCCCACAGUAUUCUUGGUAUCAACCUGAUCCUAAUCCUUCUGGACUACUCACGGUGUGGCCGGCGGUUUAACGAAGACGUCCCCCGAAUCGAGUUCAGGAGGUGGAGGAAGAGGAAGAUGAAGAGGAGGAGGAGGAAGUUGUCCGCCAUGUUCUAGAGGACGUAGUACCAGAUUAUUCGUGGCGCCUAUCACGAACAGAUAUCUCGCGUUAAACGUUAAAUAUAUCCCCCCUCAACCCCCUCCACCAACCAACCAACCAACCAAUCAACCAACCAAGUUACCCCCCACCCUACUCCAAUUUGUUUCUUUCCGAUUCAAAAUUUUGGUCCGUUUUUUUAAUGAAUUAUUUUUCUUUUUCCAAUUUUUCAAUCAAACGUAUGACGCGUGUGUAAAAAUCACCCACCACUACCACCACCUCGUUAAACCCUUCAGACACAUAUACACACACAUACCACUCCCUACCUCCCCCCUCUCUCAAAUUUUUCAAGUUUGUUUCAUCGAAAGACAAUGAUGGACGAUGAAAUUCAUCCUAAAUCUCUGAUCGUGUGAGUUCGUUCAUUAAUUUAACAAAGAAGAAGAAAAAUGAAUGGAUUUUGUGGAGAUGAUGGAAAUGAACAUAAAGGGAAUACAAAUGAGUAUGGAAUUAAUGAAAAAAUUAUUGUUGGGUAGAAAUUAAUAGACUCCCAUGGGUGAACAUAGAUUGAUCAUCGAUCGUUAUGGGGAAAAA